AUUUAUUGCUAUAGCAUUCAGAGGUAGGACGAGUGUGAGUGCGUCACAUUCUCAGCGAAAGGACAGUUUCGAAGCUCUCGAUCAAAAAACAGAAUUUUAACCAGAUUUAAUUAAUUUUGCCCAGGAAAAUUGUUCCAAAUCGCUUUCAACUAAAGACAUGCCUCGUGCGAAACCUCGAGGAAAGGUAAGCCGCCCUGGUUUGCGAGCUAGCCCACGUAAACGUAAUCCUGAAAUCUCUGAUGUGAACAGUGAUGAUAAUAAAAAUGAAGAUAUCACUAUAAAUGAUGAAGAAAUGGAUGAAGAAACCGGUAAAGGCAGUGGUGAUACUUCACAAUCGGAUACAAACGAACCGAUGGAUUCUAAAGGUGAAGAUGAUGAAUCAUCAUCGACUGGACAUCGAAAACGUGGCCGUAAACGAAAAUCAGAAAUACCACAGGAAGAAAAAUAUGUACCGACUCAAGAUCCAACCCAACGAGGAAUUAUGGCUCAAGGUGGUUCAUUACGUCGCCGUGAUACAUUAAAACCAUCUUGGCGUUAUUCACCACCACCAGUAGCCACAAGACGUAUAAAAGGUGAUGAUAAUAAAAUUACAAAAAUGGAUAAUCGAAAGAAACUUGCUAUAAUGAAAUCGCAGCCAGCGAUUCUACUUGAUGACAAGAAUCAAUCCGAUAUGAAUGAUGAUAAGAAAAUGAUUGUCAAUAUGCCCGAUGGUUUUCCCAUAAAAGUAGAACCACCAAAGAAAAAAAUCACGAUAACAACUAACACCAGCCCCAAAGUAGCAACAACAGCGGCUAAACCAAAAACUGUAGUUAUAGUUGACACACCUGCAGUAAAAGCUACUGAUAAAGAUUCUUCUAUAACGGCUAUCGUUGAAGAUGUUUCACAAGAUAAUGAAGUUGAAAUAAUUGAUAAAGUAUCCGAAAAAAAUGAUAAGACCAAUGAAACAACGGAACAACCGCCAACAGCAAGAGGAGCACGUGUAGCAGCAAGAAGAAAAUCGGCCGAACCUGUAGUUGCAGUUACAACUACUAGCGUCACCGCUACAACUAUAGCUAGUGUAACGGAGACUUCGAAAUCGCCCGUUAAAGUCACUCUUACAUCGGCCGGAUCGGCGGAAAAAACAGCAGCCGUAGUUGUCACGCGAUCAUCAUCCGCCAUGCAUCAUCCAAUAGGAAUGUCGAAAACGCAAACCAUCACUAUAUCGACGAAUACACCACCGAUAACAGUGACAACAACAAAAAAUCAAGUAUCCAAUACCUCAACAACAUCCGUAACAACGGCUCCGUCUGUGACGACUACAACCACCACAACCGCUACCGGUUCAGUUAAAGUUCCAACCAUAUUGAAGCCAACCAUCACUGCUACACAGGUGGCUAAUGUAUCAAAUGUGUCGAAAGGUCCACCGAUAAAGAAACCAGUUUCUUUAAGUAAAUAUCUCGAUACAUUACCAGAAAUCGAAGAUUGCAUUCAUAAUGAUGGUAUUCAGGAUGUCCAUAUGGAAAAAUUGCCGGAUAAAAUUCUUUUGGUUCAUUCGGAGCUUCCACUUCCAUUGGCUAUUUCGGUUGAUAAAGAAGAAGAAAAUUAUUUGUUUAGGCAAAUAAUUUCACCCGUCAAUGCUACCCGAUUCGUUUGUUUGCUAUGCAAAGGAAUCGAUGUUAAUUUUGGUACAAAAGAAGAAAAAGAUAUUCUUUUACAUUAUCAAUCAUUGCAUGAAUUAGACGUAGACAUUGGUCAUGCCAAAUUUUCCGAAGAUAUUGUUUUCAUUUGUCUACCUAAAAUGAUCCUUAAUCAAUUUAACAAUUCAAGUUCGCUUAGCUUGAAUUCACCAUGUCAAUACUGUGAAACACGUCUUAGCGAUAUUGGUGAAAUGAAAGAACAUUAUUCACAGGAACAUAAUAAAGAGGUUAUCAUGAUGGAACAAGAAGAAAUCAUGCAGAUGCAUCAUUUUUUCUAUUGCAGUAAAUGCAAAGAACAAUCGUCAGAUUUUGAUACCCAUCAUAAACAUAUGAAAAACAAACAUAAUUUGAAAACCUAUCGUUGCAAAUCUUGUGUAUUGGUCACCAAAGACGAGAAUCGUCUCCGAACACAUUUCAAAGCAAAACACAUGUUACAUAGCUCUGGACAGAAUUAUCAAUGUUACUAUUGUCAUGGCCUAUUGAUUGGCGUUGAACGUUUGCAGAAACAUAUUCAACAAUCGCAUAUGGUGCAAACAGGACCGGCAAAUUAUUCCUGUGUAGCUUGUCGACAAAGCUGUGGUAAAGGUAAAGAAUUGCUUACACAUGCACAGAAUUGUGCCGUUGCCGGUAUUAAGCCGGAGAAAUCGGAUCUUCGUUUUGUACCGAAUUUGGAUUGUUCGUCACUUUUAGAAGGAGAAUGUUUGUGUUAUUUUUGUAAUGCGAAAUUGGAAAGUCAAGAAGCGUAUGAUCUACAUCUUCAUCAUGAGCACAAGCAAUGGGUACCAACCGAAACGGCGGCUAAUGAUGAAUCAAAUAAAAACAAUUCAGAUGAUACAGGCACAAACAGUUUAUUGACCAUCAACGAUGUCAUAAACGAUGAUGAUCUAAAACGAGCACAGAUUAAAACCUAUGUUGGUCAUUGGUGCCGAAUAUGUGACCAGAUGGUCAAAGUUUAUCAACUAUUUUAUCUACAUAUGGUCAAUCAUCACAAGAUGGAAAAAAUGUAUCAAUGCGUCAUAACUUCAUGUAAAAUGAAUUUUAAAGAAUUUGACGAUUUUAUGGAACAUAUAAGUGAAACUGGCCAUAGCCAGAAGACGGUUAUUUCUCAUCCUGACGAGGUAUUCGUCUGUGCAUAUUGUGACAUUUAUUUUGCGAGCGAUGAAGAACUAAUUUCACAUUUGAUUACUGAUCAACAUAUUAAUAAAUUCACUGCUUCUGGACAUUUUCAUCGUACUGAACCGCGAAAUUUUAAAUGCAAAGCAUGUCAUACGUUUUUCGGCAUGAAAGAAUCUUAUGUUCAUCAUUUGGAAACUGAAUCUCACCAAUAUGUAUGCACAUAUUGUGGUAUAACUACUGCGACGCCAAGUUCUCGACGAGCGCAUAUUCAGAAUUCUCAUGCUGAAAAACUUUUACUUUGCGAGGAUUGUGGUGAAUGUCAGAAUGAUAUAAUGGCUCAUUUUGUUCUACAUGGCUAUACGUUUGAAUGCAAAUGUGUCAAAAAAUUUUAUAAUCGUGAACGAUUAAAUGCUCACAUGGAAGUUCAUCAGGAUCCAAUCGAAUGUAAUUGGUCCGAUUGUAAUCGUAUGAUUGCCACACGUUCAAUGUUGGUCACACAUUAUCGUGGACAUAAAAGUGAACAUAAAUGCACCGUCUGUGGACAAGCAUUCUGGAAUUUUGCUAUGCUUACCUCACAUCUUCGUUCACAUCAGCCGAUGCCCAGAAAUCCACAUGCUGUUUCUCGAACAAACCAAUUGAGCCGGGCAACAAUCCAAUAUCAGAAUCAAGCUCGCCCCAGUCCAAGUGUUUUACAGCGUUCUAAAUCUACAGCACAACCAAUGCUAUCGAACAGUGUAAUCAAAUGUGGUCAUUGUAACAAUCUGUUCCGUUCGACCAAAGAUUUGAGCCUACAUAAAUGCGCACCAAAAUAUCCGAAUAAUGGUGAUCAAAAUAAACUAUUGGAAUUGGCUUCAAAAGCUACAGCACAGGCUAAAGCUGCGACUUCUGCCAAUAAAACGCCUGCACGAAGACGUGCAUCGCCGAAAAAACCACAACAACAAAUUGAACAGCAAAUGAUCGAUUUGCCUGCAUUCCAUGGUCAACAAGCUGUUGAUGAUGAUACACAAUUAAUCAUGAUAUUGAAUCAAUCAACUGGUGAAUUGAUGGAAAUAACAGCUCCGAAAGGCAUGGAAGUACAAGAUGUAAUCAAUUCGUUAAAUUUUACACCGGCUGUUGAAGAUGUACAAAUGGAAGUUAUUGAUGAACAAUCACAACAAUCGGCAUUUGCUAACAUCGUAGAUGUUGCACAACCAGAACAACAAGAAUCGACCAACGAUAUGAAACAGGAGCAUAAAAUCGUACCUACAAAUGAACAAGAAGAGACAGCCGCUGCCAUUGAAGUAAUUGAACAGGUGAAUGAUCAAACUGCUUCAUCAGUUGAACAUGUGGUCGAAGAGAAUCAACAACCUGUAUCAUCGACUGAUAAUCAUGAAGCUGAAGUGGUCGUGGCUACUAAUCAAGAAACGGAAACAACGACCGUACUAAUACAGCAAGAUGGUGAUGAUGAUCAUCAGGUAACACAUCAGAUUAUUGAAUCAGAUGAUCCAAAUGGCUCACAGGCAAUUGUAUUGCCACCGGAAUGUAUCAACGAAGAUGGAUCAUUAAUAUUGGAUGCCGAGACAUUGCAAAGGCUAAAUUUGGCUAUUUCCGUCGAUGAAAAUGGUACAAUUACAACACCGGAUGGUAACACUACAUUCAUCAUCGAUACAUCGAAAGAAUAAUGUGAACAUUUACGAAUUAAUCAUUUCACAUAUUUCAUACACAUGUCAUUUCUAUUUUUUUUUCAUUUUCAUUAUAUCUACAAUUUUUCAUUCAUUCAACAAUCUAAUUCAUAUUUUCAAUUUCAUUCACUUCACACAAUAUAUUUAGAUUUAUUUGCACCAUCAUCAUGGUAUAUUUAAAUUUCGACAAAAUUUUAUUCCCAAAAAACAAGAAGAAAGAUAACAUCCAAUUCAGCUGAACUGUUUGUGAGUCAACAUUAACUAUUUAGCUUUGUUCUUAGUUUCAAAUCUUUUUUUAAGAUUUGACUUAAACAUACACAAUAUAUACUACACAUUAAUGUUAA